AUGGGUAGUGUUGUUAGAGCUACAUUGAAGAAAUCAAACUCUAGUGUUUGUGCAUUUCAGAGAAGUAAUGGUUUUGUGGCUAGAUUCUUCUCUACUGAAGCAGAAAAUCCACCACAGGGUUCAACACCUACUUCACCUCCAUUUUUGCAAACAAACAAUUCAGGUUUGACAUAUGGUAGGCUGCUCGGUGUUCAUAAACAUGCACUCAAAACAGAUAUCAUCAACUUCCUUGAAGGUUCUAAUUUGACUAUGGAGGAUGUUAAAAUGGAAUACACACGUAGCUUCAACCCAAUUUCAAUGAUGUUGCAGUUCCCUACUUACAGUGCCUAUGACAACGCUAUUCGCAUUAUCGGAAGGAAGGGUCGUUUGUACAAAUUGGACAGGAUCGAUCGAUCUCAAUGGGACAUUGUUACUCCUUAUGAUGGAAGAACUAUUUUAAUUCAAGGACUUCCACGAAACGCACAAUUUGCAGACUUGGAACAGAUCAUAUCCGACUUUGAAUACGAUUCAUCUUCCAUCAAUAUAUUUCUAAGAGCUGGAGAGGGUACAGAACCCAUCAAAAUGGCAACAGUGCGUUUUCAUUCAAGGACACAAGCGUCGAAUGCAUUCAUCGCAAAGAAUGGGACAUAUUGCCUCAACAAUCGCAUUUCGAUACAUGUUCUUCAGUAA